AUGAACACUUUGUUGUUGAUUGCCAGCUUUGUUGUCGUCGUCGGCGCCUCGGCGCGUUUCGAAGCAACCCUGGUCCAAGCGACCGUGACUCUCCGCUGCAAGAAGCCGUGGGCAACUCACGCCAAGGUCUUUCUCAUGGAAGAAGAUUACAACCACAGUGAGUCUAGAGAACUGAAACUUUCUUCGAGUGAGCUCUCUGCAGAUUUGCUCGACGAGGACGAUACGAUGGACUUUGGCACGUACGAAUUCACCCGAGUUCCAGAAAUGAAACUGAGUCUGCGCGGAGAGGAAUUCGAAAUGUCUGGAUUGGAGCCGUACCUCUUCGUUUCUCACGCUUGCAACGCGGUAAGAAAGCACUAAAACUCUUCUUUAAAACUAAAAAUUUUUCAGAAAAAAGAUCAGUGGAAGGAGUUGAUCAUUCCGUUGUUCGAUACCAUGUACAGAUCGAGAAGAUUCGAUGUCGUUAUCGAUCUGGACAGAGAAGAGAGUGUCAUCAUUCCGAGUCUAAUUUAUCCUUAA